AUGGAUAAAUAUAAGUUCCUUUUGGUUAUUCUGUCAGCGGCCCUGGUGGGACUGGCGUACCAUCUCUACACACCUAUGCCACCGGAAGCAGAAGAACCUUACCAGCAGAUGGCGUUUCUAGCAAAAUUCAAACUUGUCAUGGGUUUUGUUUCUCUUCUAGAUGUGCUUGGAAUUGGAGAUGGUGUAUCAACUUACAGAAAAUUAAGGUCCAUCAAACCAGUUAUCGAUCCAAACGACACUGUCACAUCUGUGGAUGACACAUUUGAUGGAGUAUAUGUACGAGUAUAUAGCCCGAAAAACCAUCCGAAGGACAAACUGUUACCUGGACUGGUGUUCUACCAUGGAGGGGGUUGGGUGUUCGGAUCCAGAGAUUCCCAUGACCCAAUGAUGAGAAGAUUCGUAAGAAGGAAGCAAAUGGUUGUAGUGUCUGUUGAAUAUCGCCUGGCUCCGGAAUUUCCUUUCCCCGCCCCCAUAGACGACUGUGUAAGUGCAACAAGUCACUUCCUUCGUCACGCCAAGAAAUAUAGAACUGAUCCGAAUAGGAUUGGUGUCAUGGGAGAUAGCGCUGGAGGAAAUUUGGCGGCUGCAGUGGCACUCCGAUUGUUGGGACCUAAUUUUACCCACCUCCCAAAGAUAAAGGUUCAAGUUCUCAUAUAUCCAGCGCUACAGGCCUUUCAGUUUGCAACUCCAGCCUAUGUUAAAUACGCAGGAACUUCCGUCCCCGGUUUACUUAAUUCCGAAAGAAUGGCCGAAUUCUGGUUAAGAUACGCAUUUGGACACGAAUUCUUAACAGUAAAUCAUUUAGACCUGUUAGCUGGUAGGCAUCUUACAUCUGAAUGGCUUGCCUCAGAGGAAGCCAGACAUGUUAAUAUUCAAAAUCUACCUCAAGAAUUACGAGUCGGUGAUUUUAGUGCAACUUCAAAUACUGAAAAAAAUGUAACUCUAUCAAACUUUAUAAAGCCUGUGUUUCUUAACCCCUCGUUUGCUCCUUUGAUGGCAGACGAUCGGAGUGUAGGCCAAUUACCAAGUACUUAUAUACUGACGGCAGAAUUCGACCCACUACGUGACGAUGGUUUUUAUAUGACAAAGCGAUUACAAACAAUGAAGAAAAAAGUAGAACAUAGGCAUUUCACUGGAAUGGAUCAUGGGUUCCUAUCUAUACAGAACUAUAAAAAUAGUUUAAAAGCUGUUGAGGAAAUAUGUGAAUAUCUGAAUAAAGAAUUAUAA